AUGCUUCGCUGCUUCACUGAUUUCUUGCUCUUCUUGCCUACACUAAACUCAAAAUCGAUGCCAAGGCCUGUCCAGGUCCAGACCCUUGAAAAGCUCCUCAUGCCCAUCAGGCAGUCUUCAGAUAUCCCAAGUAUGGCAUUCAAUUCCUUCGGUUACGAUCCAAGAGGACUCGCAUCGUCCCUAACCCCCCCAGAUUCCUCAGAUGCAUCCGGUCACGAGUAUGAGGCUAAUACAACUAUCGCUGCAGGAGCCGGAGACAACAUGAGCCCGGGGAUGCCCUCGAUACAACCUCAGAACCCCGGUCAGGGUCAGGGUCAGCAUAACCCCUCCAGCAACCUGGGACAACCGCACUACAGCUUCGCCGGCCAGGGCCAGGGCCAGGGCUCGUGGCCCGCCUCCAAUAGUAACAGCUUCGCCGGCUCACCGUCGCCGAUACAGAGACAGCAACAAACCGGCUUUUCGCAGUACGAGUCUCGGCCUCCGAUGUACAGCCAACCCCCGCUCCCGGCAUCGACCUAUGCGCUCCCCUCGCCUACUCACACUACGCCGCCUGCUCACCUGCAGCAGCCCAGGACAUUCGACUCGAUGGCCUCGCCGUACCCGGGACCGCCGCCGCCGCCGAUGCAUAACAUGCAGCAGCACAUGGGCCACCAUCAGCAGCCGCAGCCCAUGAUGGCGCCACCCGCGCCCUACCGAAACCAUCACCAGUCCUUCUACCCGCCCAUGCCUCUCCCACAAGCCCUGAUGCACGGCGGCGGUCCGCACAACGGGGGCGCCAUACCCAUGCACCCGGGUGCCAUGCACAUGGGACAGCAGUACAUGUAUCCGUCGACGUCGUCGCAGAUGCAGGACCGGCCCUUCAAGUGCGACACGUGCGUCCAAUCCUUCAGCCGUAACCAUGACCUGAAGCGGCAUAAGAGGAUCCAUCUCUCGGUCAAGCCCUUUCCCUGCAGCUACUGCGGCAAGCAGUUUUCUCGAAAAGAUGCCCUGAAACGGCACCGUCUCGUCAAGGGAUGCGAGGAGAAGGAGAAGGAGAGGGAGAAGGACAAGCUGCGUCUGACAGGACAGGAUGGUGGACCUGAGCCGACCGAGGAAGACGAUGGCGUCAGUGUAAUCAACGGGGGUGGUAACCCUGCACAUGGCAGUGCCAACAUUGCAAGAUAUCUUUGA